AAACAUGCCUGUCUUCCGUUCAUUUAUGUAGGGUGAAAGACUGCUCAUCAGAGCAAAUAAUUUUGGGGAUUGCCAUCAUUGUGACAAUACGAGGAAUGAGACUUUUUUUUGUAGGGGAAGGUCUCGUUAUGCUCCGACAGCUCUACGUCUAUAAAUGUAAUAGUAAUAUUACGAAGGACCAGAAUUGAAUCAUGGCGUCUUGCGUUCCGGACACGAUGGAGUGCAGCAAGCAUGCAGGGGAACAAAUACAGCGAAUGUGUGCCAACUGCAAUGUGUAUGUGUGUCUCGAAUGUGUUUCUCAGAGCCAUGCUGGACAUGUGUUUAAAAAAUUUCGAGAUAUAAUGGAAGAAAAGAAAAAAGAGCUGGAACACAUUGUGAAGCUGGCUAAAAAAGAGACUAUAGAAGAUCUUGAGAAAAAAACAGAGAGAGCUCAAAAACAAAAAGAAUCGUUCUGUGAAGAAACCCAAAUUAGGAUCGAUCUUGUCGAGAAAAGGGCCAAUGCUCUAAAAACUGCAGUAGAUGCUGCUAAGGACGAAUACUUAAAAGAUCUCAAGAAAACGAUGGACGACCAUGUGAAGGAAUACGACGAAGCCGUGGAGAAAUUAAAAGCAGCAAUAAGGUCAGUCAGAUGUCUGGUUGAGGGCUAUGACCUUGUUCUAAACUCUGAAAACCAAAGCUCUGUCAUCGAUUGUUCUCGUAAUGCAGAACAUGAAAUUGAGAAGUCCAUUCCAACUGUAUCAAUUCCAAACUACAGACAUCACAACUUUGUUUUUCCUGAUAUUGGCAAUGAAAUCAAGAAGGUAUUUGCACAGAUCGAAGAUGAGGAUUCUUUGGGAUCAGAUUAUGUGGAAUUUGGGGGAAGCAGCGAAGACAGCGAUCACUAUGAGUUAAAAUCUACCCUAACCAGGCAACGCAGAUCACCAAUCAGAGUCAAGAGAUGUAAAGAGAGGGCACAGAACAGGAAAACUAACCGAAUCUUUCUGAGUGCAGACAUUCGAACACCCGCUAGAAUGAAAGUCGGAAGUGACGACCAAAAUGUUUCGUCGAUAUUUGCGAUCAAUUCAGGUGAGGCCUGGAUGAACAUCACUGAUGGAAAACAUUCUUGUGAAGUACAACGAAUUCAAAAACAUGGGCAGAUUUGUGACAGGAUUACCAGAGAGGCAGAAAACUUCUCCCUAGGGCAAAUGGACAAUUUUUAUACAACGGAGAAAAAGGGAUCUCAAAUAUUUGAAUACAACCUUUGUGAUAAAACAUUUAGCACAACUGCAAACCUGGCCCCUUACAUUGUGAAGGGAAUAAAAGUCAUGGCGUCUGGUGACCUUGCGGUAUGUGUCCUUGACAAAGAUAAUUUCACAGUGUCCAAACAGUCUAAGCGGACAAUUCGUAUUUUGAAUCCGAUAGGGACUUUCAUUGAAGACAUUGAAUUUGUUGGAAAUACCAAUAACAAACUAUUUGUACACCCACAUCGAGUGGAGGAAAGGAUAGACGAUUUCUGUGUCGUAGACCGACUGUCAGAAAAUGAGGGUCGUCUGAUUGUUGUCUCAAAAUCAAGCAAAGUCCGAUUUACCUACAAUGGCGCUGAGAAAGGCAAUAAACAUCGUUUUGAUCCACGAGACGUUGUCAUUGCCACAGACACGUCAAUCUACAUCGCCGACAGAAAUUUUGGAAUCCACCACUUGACACCCAUUGGUCAGUUUGCUCGUUAUUUGACAACUUUUGAAGAUGGUAUCUACCGCCCUCUAGCGAUUACAAUUGAUGAUGAACAGACUGCCUGGAUUGGUUGCGAGAAGGGGAUUGUUCAGAGAGUUAAAAUAACGUUUCAUGACGUUUUUAUUGAAGGACUGGGCAGCCAAGUGUCCCACGUGUAGUGAAUAUAGCCGCUGUCAUGACUAACGAGAUCAAAUUUGCUAUUUUUUGUAAUGCUUAUUAAUAUUGCUUCAUGCGCGGAUCCAGGAAUUUUUCCAGGGUGUAGGGGACCAUCCCUGCCCUCUACUAGAU